AUGAACGAAGAGUGGUUUCCAGUAACAACUGAUGAAAUCAGGGCAUAUUUUUCGUUAUGCAUUAUAACGUCACAGGUAAGAAAGUCUAAAAUAGUAUUGGUCAAAGUGAAAAAUACUAGAAACACUCAUCUUCUAUAUAGCAAAUUAUGCCUCGUAGACGUUUUUUGUCUAAAACGCACUUUCUUCAUUUUGUGGAUAAUAAGAUGGUUUUUUCAACAAUUAUACAUUCCGGAAGAAAAUGUCGUCAUAGACAAAUCCCUAAUAAAAUUCAAAUGGCGGCUGAAUUACGUACAACUUAUCGCAUCAAAACGAGCGAGAUUUGAAAUUAAAUUUUACAAAUUAUGUGAGUCCAAUUCUGGGUACUGUUAUCGAUUCAAAAUCUACACGGGACAAGAUAAAAUUGAAGGAAGUGAUAUACUUGUAUCGCAAAGUGUAGUCAUGGAACUGGCCGAACCCAUUUUAGGGAAAGAAUAUACCUUGUUUUUAGACAACUGGUAUUCGUCACCAAAAUUAUUCCAAAUUUUGAAUGAAAAUAAUACAAAUGUUGUUGGGACGAAGCUUGCAUCGCACAAUGCAACUAAUGCAUUGCAACUAAAGAAGGGAGAUGUGAGAACAUUAUCUUGCAGAAGUAUUCUGUCCUUAGAAUAUUGGCUUGAUAAGAAAGAUGUUUAUAGGGGAGGUGAGGAAGAUAAUGUUUUAAAACCCAGCUGUGUAGUGGAGUACAGGCAAGACCAGGCUCUCAUGCGAAAGUGUGUCAAAGGAUAUAAAAAAAAUGUUCUUUUAUAUUUGUCUCUUCCUAACUAUCAGACACGUGGCAAAACAUUGGGCACAUUUUUCUCAACAUAUACCUUCGACUGAUAAAAAGGAACAUUCUGCAAAGAGAUACCAUGUGUGUGUAAAACAAAAUAUAAGAAGCGAAACAACUUGGCAGUGUAAAAAAUGUCUAGUUCCUUUACUAGUUCCAAAAUGUUUUGAAAUGUUUCAUACAUCAAAGAACUACUAA